AUGAGCAAGAAUCCAAUUGCACCUCUUCGUUGGGGCUUCCUCGGCUGCGGCCGCAUCUCAUCCGACUUUGUCAAUGCUAUAAAGUCGCUCAAAGACAUUAAAUUUCAAGCUUGUGCCGCACGGUCCUUAGCCAGUGCCCAAGCGUUUGCGAAUGAGCAUCAGAUCCAUCGCGCUUACGGUUCCUAUGAAGCCCUUGUCUCAGAUUCUCUAGUAGAUGUUGUGUACAUUGGCACGCUCCACCCUUGGCACUAUGAGCACACAAUACUGGCUUUAAAUCACGGGAAACACGUGCUAGUGGAAAAGCCCAUGGCCAUGAACGUGGCCCAAGCGUCGUCUGCUAUAGCUCUGGCUCGAGCGAACCAGUUGUUCCUCGCUGAAGGAAUGUGGACGCGGUUUUUCCCGGCGAUCCGCCACGUUCGUCAACUUUUGACGGAGAACGUGAUUGGGGAUAUCCAUCAUGUGCACGCGGCCUUUGGCGUUCAGUAUGAACGUGAUAACGUCCGGAUGUGGCACAAUGAGCUUGGAGGCGGAGGGCUCCUUGAUAUUGGCAUUUACCCACUUGCGUUCGUUACGAUGGUAUUCGGUACGCAACCAGACAACAUCAUAUCGGUUGGCAAGCUCAAUGACGGACAAGUGGAUACUUAUAACUCCAUCACGCUCGAGUACAGCAACUCUCGCUUCGCUACCAUCCAGUACACGAUGCUGGCUACACUGGAUGAGACCGUCACUAUCACGGGUAGUAAAGGACGCAUUCACUUGCUUGCACACGCCCACACGGCAAAUGAAGUGCACGUGAUUAAGUACCAGCCGAAUGGCGUGGAUGAGGAGAUCAAGUCCGUCUUUCCAUGGCCAGUGUCGGCUCCAGGUGCCACGUUUAAUUACGGAGGCUCCGAGGGGUUUCUCUACGAAGCCGAAGCUGUGAUUAACGCGAUACGAACCAAACAGCUCGAGACGGAGGAGUACCCACUUGAUGAAUCACUUCAGGUCAUGACCAUUAUGGACAAGAUCCGCGCCGACUUAGGUCUUGUCUACCCUGCGGACCUCGCGUAA